AAGACUUAUUUGGCACCUCCCCUGAUGAGAGUUGCAUAGCCAAAGGCAGCAGAUGUGGGAGGCACUCCUUGCAGGCAUGCGGAACCUCGAAAACAGCUCGCCCUGCCAGGGCAACGGAGAGCAGGCCGGCCGAGGCAGGAAUGUGGGCUCCCUGUGGCCUGGGGAGGAGGAGCCCUGCAACGAUGCCACCACCCCUUCCUACAAGAAGCCUCUCUAUGGCAUUUCGCAUAAGAUCAUGGAGAAGAAGAACCCUCCCGUGGGGGACCUGCUCAACACCUAUGAGCUCUUUGAGAARGCCAAUGCCAGCAACAGUCCCUCCCCCCUGCGCCUGCUGAACGACCCUCAGAAGCGGGACUGUGGCGGGGCCUCAGGAACAGCCACUGACGGCGACCCCAACAUCUACUUUCUGAUCCAGAAGAUGUUCUACAUGCUCAACACUCUCACUUCCAACAUGUCCCAGCUGCACAGCAAGGUGGACUUGCUCUCCCUGGAAGUGUAUGUUGGUCUAACCAGACGGGAACCCUGCUUCCUCCCCUCAGUGCAGACAGCUGCCGGCCCUGCAGAUAGGAUCUGCUGGCUCUGGCCUGAGGCACACCUGCAGGACGACUUGGUUUCCUGA